UCCAACACCCUACCCACCUACCUCCUCCCCGUUGACGACGCAAAGUUUGACAGCUCAGCUUUAACGUCUUUACAGUCCACAGAUAACGUCCACAGCAAACCGUUGCACAUAUUUUGGAUAUAGACUGAAAUAUUAUUUUAAUAUUUUAAUAAAGGGUUGAUCGACAUUCUUUUUUUCAAUAUGUGGAGCACUCGCUGACAAUGAGGAAUUUCAUGAAUCCGUAGAGGUCUGUUUUGUCACUUUUUUGGGUGAGGGUGAAUAGUUUUGUUUCUAACGGAAUCAACAGGGAUUUGAUCAUGUCGAAGGACCCAGAGGAGGUGAACAAGCUCACCGAAAGCACAUAUAAGAAUGUGAUGGAACAGUUCAACCCUGGGCUGAGGAACUUGGUCAACCUGGGGAAGAACUAUGAGAAAUCUGUGGCUGCAAUGACCCUGGCCGGGAAAAUGUACUUUGACGCUGUGUCUAAGAUUGGAGAGAAUGCUGCGGUGUCUCCUGUCUCCAGAGAGCUGGGAGUAGUGCUGAUGGAGAUCUCUGAGGUUCACAAGAAGGUUCACCUCGAGCUGGAGGAGAAUUUUAAAAGGUUUCACAGGGAAAUAAUUGGUGAGUUGGAGCGCAAGACCGACAUGGAUGUGAGAUACAUGACAGCCACCUUCAAGAGGUACCAGACUGAGCACAAGAUGAAGCAAGACUCUCUGGAGAGGUCCCAAUCAGACCUAAAGAAGCUUCGCAGGAAGAGUCAGGGCAAGAACGCCCACAAGUACGAGAGCAAGGAGAGCGAGUGUCUGGAGAUGCUGACAUCUCGUCAGGUGGACAUGCAAAUGUUCAUCGCUGACGGGUGCAAGGAGGCCCUUUUGGAGGAGAAGAGGCGCUUCUGCUUCCUGGUGGACAAACACUGCACCUUCUCUUACCAGACAGCUGCCUUUCAUGAAACGGCCAAGGACAUGCUGUCGGGGAAGCUGACCUCUUGGCAGGAGAAGUGCAGCGAUGCCACCAACGUGCCUGACAGCAUCAUGACCAUGAUCGAAGGCCUGAGGAACUCUGUGCCUGUCACCCCACUUCCAUCCCCCGCCCCCUCCCGACGCAGCCGGAGCAACUCGGUGGUCUCCAUGCCCCCGCCCCCGGCCCCGGCCCUGAAGGCCCAGACCAGCCCACUGGCCGGCAUGUUCGCCAACAACCCUGUCACCCCCAUCCCCCCAAGCACAACUACCACAAAAACAGCUGUAGAUGAGAAAAUCACAGACUAUGGGGACAGCGAGGACAGCUCCAUGUCCAGGUCGGUGUCCAUGGCAACGGGGCUCAACAAUAUCGUGCGGAGGCCCCGGGUGCGGACAAUCUUCCCCCAUACGGCGGCUGGCAAUGCCACCCUGCUGAGCUUCGAUGAGGGUGAUGUCAUCACACUGCUCAUCCCAGAGGAGAGGGACGGCUGGCUCUACGGAGAGCUGGAGAAGACCAAGCAGAGAGGCUGGUUUCCAUCAUCCUAUUGCCGUGCAUACUCAGAGCCCAUAGUCAACAACAAUCGCGUGGGCACUGCCCCCCUGCGGAGUAAGAGUGUGGUCAACCUCCACCACCAGGACACGGAGACAGACGAGGCCACCAUGGUCCUGCCCCCACCCGACUACAUCAACUCCCCCACCCACUCCCCCGCCACCAACAACAAGCAGCACUCGCCCACGCCCUCCGCCUCCUCCUUUAACUCCGCACCAGACAGAACGAAUCAACAGAACGGAUAUGGGAAGCCUCCGUCUUUCCUAGAGGGAGGGAACCCCUUCGCUACAGUCAAGCUGCGUCCCACUGUCACCAACGACCGCUCGGCCCCCAUCAUCUGACUCUCCACACAAACUCUCCAGCCACCCAGCCCACCCUUGUUCCGUCUGCCCAGGACUUGAAUCCCUGGCCUGGGCUACAUCAGGCCUGGGCUACAUCAGGCCAGCCCCUAACCCCCUCCCACCUAUCAUUGGACAGUGGACACACUGGACCAGGCUGGCUGGUCAUCUCCACAACUGAUCCCCCCGCACCCCCCCCCCCCCCCCCGCUACCACCAUCUUUCUCUCGCUGUCACACGCCGAGCUAGAGGAACUGUUUUUAUUUAUGCAACAGAUGCACAUAUUCUAUUAUCUAGAUCUAUUUUUGUGACAUAUAAGGGUCUUGGACACGGCAUGGAGGCGUGUCUUGGAUGUAUGGAGGUUGUGACCUCUGGACAGAGCAGAACUAAAUACAUUACACAGUGGAGACUAGAGAAGACAAUGUGUAGAAAUGUGGAUUCGUAUUUAUAAUGUUCUUGCUUGUUGAAUCAUUGUUAACGUUCGUGUUUCCGUUGCCAUAGGACAGUACGUGAAUGUAAAUGCAGUAUGCGACUAGAAGGGACCUAUGCAUUGCAUCUCACCCCCGGUCCUCAUGAUUAGUGUUGCUAUUGUUCUCAUUGUGUUGUUGCUUAGUGAUGAGACAUGCAUGCACUGCAUAAUACACUGUACACUGUCCGGGAAGCUGCUUGGAAGAAAUAUCUUGCAGAGGGAAAUGAAUGUAUUUAAAUGUUUGAUUAUCGGCAGGCCCUCUGAACACAUUCCAUUGCUUGGACACACAACCUGGGACUAAAGUGUCAUUGUGGACCCAGAAUGGUUUUGUUUGAAGCUCUAGAUGGGAUACACAUUUGCCUUAAUGAAUGUUCACCCUUCCACAGUCAUACACAGGCAAUUAUUUUUCAGACAGACUGGUACCUAUAAUAACCUAUCCAUAGGCAGUGGAGGUUUUUGUUCUCCCAAAUGGCAUUUUUCUGCAUUACUUGUACAGUGGUUCUUUUAGUCUUUCGCUCGCCCUUACAUCCCCUCUUAGCUUGAAUAAUUGCUGUAUGAAAAUAAAAACUUGUUUUAUUUCUUCAA